CCUCCUCUCAUCUCGGACACGGCAAAUUUACCGGCAACGUACAGCGAAAGCCAGAGGUCCGCAGCCGUUGAGCCCCAAGAAGGAGAGGACGAAAUGGCGCUGUCCACGACGAACACGAACGCCGCCGAGUCGCAGCUGCACUGCUCCACCUUUGCGUCGCGCUACGUGCGCACCGCGCUGCCGAGGUUCAAGAUCCCGGAGCAGUCGAUCCCCAAGGAGGCGGCGUACCAGAUCAUCAACGACGAGCUGAUGCUGGACGGGAACCCGCGGCUGAACCUGGCGUCGUUCGUGACCACUUGGAUGGAGCCCGAGUGCGACAAGCUCAUCCAGUCCUCCAUCAACAAGAACUACGUCGACAUGGAUGAGUACCCCGUCACCACCGAGCUCCAGAACCGGUGCGUGAACAUGAUCGCGCACCUGUUCAACGCCCCGAUCGGCGACGACGAGACGGCGGUCGGGGUGGGGACCGUCGGCUCCUCGGAGGCCAUCAUGCUGGCCGGGCUGGCGUUCAAGAGGAAGUGGCAGAACAAGAUGAAGGCGGCGGGCAAGCCCUACGACAAGCCCAACAUCGUCACCGGCGCCAACGUCCAGGUGUGCUGGGAGAAGUUCGCCAGGUACUUCGAGGUGGAGCUCAAGGAGGUGAAGCUCAAGGAAGGGUACUACGUGAUGGACCCAGAGAAGGCCGCGGAGAUGGUGGACGAGAACACCAUCUGCGUCGCCGCCAUCCUCGGCUCCACGCUCAACGGCGAGUUCGAGGACGUCAAGCUGCUCAGCGACCUGCUCACGGCCAAGAACGCCGAGACAGGGUGGGACACCCCGAUCCACGUGGACGCGGCGAGCGGCGGCUUCAUCGCACCCUUCCUGUACCCGGAGCUGGAGUGGGACUUCCGGCUGCCGCUGGUCAAGAGCAUCAACGUCAGCGGCCACAAGUACGGCCUCGUCUACGCCGGCGUCGGCUGGGUCAUCUGGAGGAGCAAGGAGGACCUCCCCGACGAGCUCAUCUUCCACAUCAACUACCUCGGCGCCGACCAGCCCACCUUCACGCUCAACUUCUCCAAAGGUUCCAGCCAGAUUAUCGCGCAGUAUUACCAGCUCAUCCGCCUCGGAUUCGAGGGCUACAAGGACGUGAUGCAGAACUGCCGCGACAACGCGGCGGUACUACGCGAGGGCAUCAACAAGAUGGGCUACUUCGACGUGGUGUCCAAGGACUCGGGCGUGCCGCUGGUCGCCUUCUCCCUCAAGGACUCCUCCAAGUACACGGUGUUCGAGGUGGCCGAGAGCCUGCGCCGGUUCGGCUGGAUCGUGCCGGCCUAUACCAUGCCCGCCGACGCCGAGCACGUGGCCGUCAUGCGCGUGGUCAUCCGCGAGGACUUCAGCCGCGGGCUCGCCGAGCGCCUCAUCGCGGACCUGGGCAAGACCAUGGCCGACAUGGACGCGCACGCCGGCAGGAAGCAGGCGCCGGAGCAGCCCAAGAAGUCGGUGCACGACAUCGAGAAGGAGGUCACCACCUUCUGGCGGAGGCUGGUCGCCAAUAGCAAGAAGAAGAGCAGCAUGGUGUGCUAGCUGAUGGGCGCUCUGCGGAGGAAUAACGCAAUAACAUUCGUGAUGCGAGAUGUUCUCACACGUUUUCGUUUUCGGUUUACGUCUGCGUACGUGUGAUUCGAUUUUUUACCUCACAUUUGGUAUGCUUCAAAUCGACCUUCCUGACGGAAUUAGUUAGAACUUGUCAGGACAAGCUCGUGAAGUAUUUUUAUUGGAGAGGAUGUUAACAUCUUGAGAAAAUAGUAAAAAAAGAAUAAUAAAAGAUAAAGUGAGCAAUGACCUUUUUGAUUUAA